UCCAAUUACAAUCGAGGAAGACAGGAAGACAUUUUGGUAACCGAAAUACAAACGAUUGAUGAGUAGCAUUUGAAUGUUGUUAAGCUUUAACAGAAAAUAAAUACGGCUCAAUAAAUGUGUCCGCUGGCCGGGUAACGCUCCCUCCGACGUUAGUGCAGAUAGCAGUGAGGUAAACACUAUGAUUUUUGCAAAGACAAACGUCAGUCCGAGUCUAACCAGGAACCGCUUAUAAGUUUUCUAGAGUCAUAGCGCCAUGCUGCCAUCAGCGUUCUGUGGGAUGUGGAGAGCUGCUGUCCACAGUCUUAGGCCAAGAAGAACUCCAGCCCGCAGAUUAGUGUCCACCUGUGAUGGAGUCCCAGUUGCACUGGCCGAUGCUGAGACCAUUUUUGCGUUGUCAUCGGGCCAUGGCAGGUGUGGAGUGGCUGUAGUACGAGCCAGUGGUCCAGCCUCAGCCACGGCCCUGAAGUGUAUGACCGGGCUCAGUGGCAACCUCCCUCCUCCACGCACGGCCCUGUUACGCAGCAUCACAGAUCCUCAAUCCAAAGAAGUGCUGGACCGUGGACUUGUCCUCUGGUUCCCAGCGCCCCACAGCUUCACCGGGGAGGACAGUGUGGAGUUCCACAUCCACGGCGGUCCUGCUGUCAUCACUGCUGUCUUACACGCUCUCGGAAGCGUGCCUGGCAUGAGGCCUGCUGAAGCUGGAGAGUUCACACGGAGGGCCUUUCAAGCGGGGAAGCUGGGUUUAACGGAGGUGGAGGGGCUCGGGGAUCUGAUCCAUGCUGAGACGGAGGCUCAGAGGAGACAGGCUCUCAGGCAGAUGUCGGGGGAGCUGGGACGUCUUUAUCGGGACUGGACCCACCAAGUGAAACGGUGUCUGGCUCAUGUUGAGGCCUUCAUAGACUUCAGUGAGGAUGAGCUCAUCGAGGACGGGGUCUUAGACAAAGUGGACCAAUGGGUGUGCGAUCUGCAAGCAGAGAUGGAGCGCCACCUACAGGACGAGAGGAGGGGCGAGCGGCUACGCAGCGGCGUCCAGGUUGUCAUCGCAGGAGCCACCAACGCGGGAAAGAGUAGCCUCCUUAACGCACUGUGCCAGAGGCCUGCGGCCAUUGUGUCUCCCAUUGCUGGCACCACCAGGGACGUGGUGGAGACGGCCCUGGACAUCGGGGGAUUCCCCGUCCUGCUGAGCGACACAGCCGGCCUCAGAGAGAGCCCCGACCUGGUGGAGAGGGAGGGGGUCCGCCGCGCUCGGGAAAGAGUGCAGCAGGCAGACCUGACCUUGGUGGUUGUGGACUGUACUCUUCUACCUUCUGAUGCAAAGAAAAUUGCAACCUUUCUGCAAGGGCACCUCAGCAGUGUCCUGCCCACUCAGCCUGAGCAGCCUGAGACCGUAUUUCCAGAAGACCGGUUUCUUUUGGUGCUUAAUAAAAGGGACCUGUUGCCUGAGGGAAAUGGGCUGAAGCUGGACAGGGAGCUGAGGUUGGUCUCUGGACUCCCGCCUGUCUGUCAAAUAUCUUGCAUCACUACUGAGGGACUUCAGGACUUCCUCGCCGUGCUUCACAACAGUGUCAGGACUCUGUGUGGCAACCCCCUGUCCUGUGCCCCCACCCUGACCCAGGCCCGCCACAGGGCCCACCUGCAGCAGUGUUCUGCGGCGCUGGCUCAGUACCAGCGAUACCGUGACAUUGACCUCGCUCUGGCAGCCGAGGCCGUCCGGUUGGCUCUCAUGAGUCUGGCCCGUAUCACUGGACGUGUCGGGGCAGAGGAGAUCCUGGAUAUCAUCUUCAAAGACUUUUGCAUUGGAAAAUAGGAAGUUGAGUACAAGCGAAAACAUGAAAUGUAUUUCAUAUUAUUCUGCUUACAGAGGACGGCUGUGUUCUUGUGUGAUUCCAGAGUAUCGGUAAAGAAAGAGAACGGCCCCAUUUUUGGUAUGCUGCCGGAAUGAAGAGGUAUGUUCUUUGCUGCAGGGUCACCAGGACACAGAUGAUGCUGUAAAGGAGACUGAAAUGGUUCUCACAAGAGGACACAACCCUGGACAAGAGUUCUGAGUGUAAAAAUAGCUUCUUAAAGCCUUUGUUGGUUGGACAUUGGACUCUUGGGUCCCAAGAAGACGAUUAAAUUUUAAAGUAGAUCGGCCAGCUGCAGACCUCUGCAAGGUCGUGUUUGGGAGGAUGACUUGUACUGAAGUACAAUGAAGAUUUAUUUGGGUACUGAUAUCAUUUGUGUGCGUGCGGAGUGCAAGUUUGUUUCUGUCUAUUAAGUUUUGUCUUUCAACAUUUGAAGAUUCAAGAUUGAUUGCAAUGAAGUCCAAGUUCCAAGUGCAUCUCUGGCCAUAAAGCAGCUCAUGUACAACUAAUACAUAAUUUACUAAUAUGCAACAUUAAUACGGAGAGAAAACCAGAGUUUACCAGCUCCCCUCCUGCUCUGUGGGAAAGGGACAGUUUUCGGAGGCAAUGACUUUGUGCCCUUUGUUCUCUUGUCAAUCUGGCCGCGAUCAAAUAUUUAUGUUCCCUCGUUGACCUCCUCACCCUUCUUCCCCAGCCGGUUCCUUCUGGCCCGGGUCGCUGACGACAGUCGCCCUGCUGUACGCCAGCAUAACUCCCCGUCCCUACAUCUUUUUGUCUCUGUGCUAUCGGACCUUUCCUCUUUCCGCCCUGCUGCGUCAGCCCUCUUUUUGUCCUCUUUCAUGUUCCACCUGAUUAAUGACACGGGCGAGUUUUAAUCUAAAGCGUGACUCCUGGAGCUCGGUCCUUCUUUGAAGUGGUGUCUGCAAGUGAUCCGUUAAUCACAACUGUGAGGUGUGAAAUGUGUUUUAUACUAAAUGCUAGUUACGAGCAUCCAGAUGUUCUGUGCCAUUCUGUGUUCUGUUCCUUGGUGCUUUGGAUAAAUACUAUAUAUUUAUACAGUUUCCUGUAGUUGUCAUUAGUUGCUGCCCUGAGAUGCACAGCCAGGUUUGGUACAGCCCGGUUCCACUGUGUUGCUGUUAGACCAGACGUUGGGGUGUGUACGUAUGAAUGCGGAUUGUAAACACGUUAUAUUAUACAAAGGAUUUCCUGUGGACAGGAGGCAGACUGUCUUACCUGUGAGUCUCUUCUUUCUACUCUAUUUAAAGCAUAGAAAUGGUUGUUCCAUUUCAAUAAACACAAAUGUCAUAUUUCUAGCCUUGAAAAUCUUUAUUCUGUUUUUACACUGAUUUGAACAGUUCAUCAGUGUCAAAUUCCCCCAAAAAUUGUACAUAACCUUCAAUGUAAAAUAAGUAUUCAAAUUUGAAAGUGUUAUAAAUUGAACAUUUCAAUGAAUUGAUGGGGAUCAGAAUGGUAAAAAAGCUAUAUGGACAUAUACAUAGGUCUGUAAGUAGUUUUUAACGAGAUAAUAGUCAUAAAACGGUUCAAAGUAAACACAGCUGUUUCCAGCUGCCGUACUGCAAAGGCUCCUCACUUUGUGCUCAUGGAAAGAAGAAGGAAGUAGUAAAGCUUGAGAACAGUAGUAUUCAGUGCACUUCUCAUAAAAGAAACUCGUACUUCCAAUCUAAUUCAUGUCAAGUGUCAUCCUACUGGUUCCUGAAAAAGGUGUUAAUGACCUCGUUGGUGUAUGCAUUGUAAAUCGGGGUGUGGUAGAAAUUCAAACUUUUGUACUAAUAGAAAAUCACUUCGUCAUAACAGACAAAUAAGCAGCUGCUUCCCAAAGUCAGAGUCUUUGUUGAGUUUUUAAAGGGCGAGGCGAACGGUUCAGAGGACGAUGCACCUCAGGGUUGAGUCACUUUUUGCUUCAUAUAAUCAUAUUUCAACUUAAAUGUUUUCCUAAACAGCAGAAACCACAAUGAGUGACAAAACAUUGAAAGUAUUUAUAAAGAUUUGUACAUUUACCUGUAUGAACCCAUGGUUAUUCACAGCAAUUCCAUCAAAAAGUGUAACUUUUCUUUUUGUAAACUGUAAAAUACAAAUGAAUCGUCUAAUUCAUAAAAAUGAUGCACAGAACAACAGUAAAUAUGUCAUUAAUAUGAAGUCAGAGUAGACUAUUUACACGUUGUAUUGAAUCAGGAGUAUAUAGAAAAUGUUGAUCACUGAUGUGAUGUGACGUGUGACUUCCCUCAUCCAGCUCAUCCAGGUCAUUUAUUUUACCCUGAAAGAUGAAGUAUAACAGCAAUGAGGUGAUGUCUCAGCACAAGAACUAUAACAAAAGAUGAAGCUUUGAUUCAUCUUCUUUAGGCAGACAUGUAAUCACAUGCUCUUUGGGAUCUUUUCCCACAUGAGGUCUACCGUUGGAGUUUUACA